GUGUGGGGCGUCACUCGUCUGCGUGGACUGCAAGCAAACUUAGAAGGACUCUAGCUAGUUUACCCGGCAGUGAAUCUCACCGUUUUGGAGCCGACACGUAAAAAAUGCAGGUCCUACUCGGAAUAAGUUUUUUACUACUUGUUCAGAUUGUUGUCGUUACUGGGCAGCAGUGCUCCGAGGAGGGCGUGGUGAGGUUGGCGGAUGGCGUGAGCGCGGAAGGAGUCGGAGUUUACGGCAGAGUGGAGAUCUGCAUCAAUCAACAAUGGGGCACAGUGUGUGACGGCGGCUGGGACGUGGCGGAGGCCCGCAUCGCCUGCUCACAACUGGGUGCUUUCGACUUCGCUAUUGCUUUAACCGAAUACGGCGGUGGAUCUGGUCUAAUUCACUAUUUUUCUUGUGCUGGGAAUGAAAAUGGUCUUUUGAACUGUUCGAGUGAUCUAGAUGUUGAUUACUGCUACCACUCAAGAGAUGUUGGAGUUCUAUGUUAUUAUGCGGAGUGUAAUGAGACUGAUGUUAGACUAGUUGAUGGCAGGACUCCUAAUGAUGGACGUGUGGAGAUAUGUUUUGAGGGGGUGUGGGGAUCUGUGUGUGACGACAGUUGGGAUGAAAGAGAUGCUGAAGUGGUGUGUAGACAAUUGGGAUAUGAUGGAAGACCUAUUGCACUGAUGAGCCAUCCAUUUUUGUCUAAUUACUCACUGCAAUAUCAUCUGGAUGAUGUUGAGUGCUCUGGAAGCGAAGACAUGUUGAGUGAUUGUGCACAUGGCGGAAUUGGUGUUCACAAUUGUUUUGUAAUGGCAGAAGAAGCUGGAGUUACAUGCAGUGAGUGCAACGAGACUGAUGUAAGACUGGUUGAUGGUGUGACUUCUGAUGAUGGACGGGUUGAGAUAUGUUUCAUUGGGCUGUGGGGCUCAGUAUGUGAUGACAGUUGGGACUACAGAGAGGCUAGAGUGGUUUGUCAGCAACUUGGGUACAACGGAACGUCUGCUGCACUGUCAAGCCAUCGCGUGUUAACAGACGAGUCGCUGUUCUAUUAUCUUGAUGAUGUUGACUGCCGUGGGAACGAAAACUUUCUGAGUGAAUGUGAACAUAGAGGAGUUGGUAUUCAUAACUGUGGUGUGGGGUAUGAAGAAGCUGGAGUUAUAUGCAGCAACGCCGUUGAAUGCGACGAAACUGAUGUUAGGCUGGUUGCGGGUACAACCCCCUAUGAUGGACUGGUUGAGAUCUGUCUCUACGGGCUGUGGGGCUCAGUGUGUGACACCAGAUGGGACUACAGGGACGCUGAAGUUGUGUGCCGACAGCUGGGAUAUGAUGGACCCUCAUAUCCUUUGCUAAGCCACUAUGGCAGUAGUGAACCACGGUAUCAUCUGGAUGAUGUCCAUUGUGAGGGAACUGAGAGCAGUCUCAGUGACUGCAGUCACAGAGGUAUUUGGGUCCAUGACUGCUCCCUGUACGAGGCUGCAGGAGUCGUAUGUACCAAUGUAACAUGUAUUGAGGGGACGGUUCACCUGGUUGGAGGUGAUGAUGUAUCUCGAGGGAGAGUGGCGUACUGCUAUAAUGGAACCUGGUACUCAGUCUGCGCCAGUGACUGGGAUACCACAGGAGAAGAGGCAAGAGUUGUCUGCCAAACCCUCGGCUAUGAUACAUCUUACUAUGCUUCAGUCGUUGUCAACUAUGGUCGAGGGACUAAUCCAUCCUCCCACUGAGUAUUCAAUGUGCCAGUGGGUACCAGUACAUUCAGUGACUGCUCUACAGCUGAGCU